AGAGCACUUCAUUUAUCCGCACCCCGACGAGCGAGAUCCAGAGACUUGCGAGAGCCACUCCGCCCCCCGUUUGAUUCUCGGCCACACCCAUUCCUUCGAAGCAGAAGUUCUCUCUUCACAUUAUGCGAGUCGCCGUUCUGGUUGCUAUUGCUGCAGCCGUCGCGAUCUCGCAAGCCGAUGAUGUUGAAAAGCGAGCAGGUGGACGAGCAUUCAUACCAGUCGAAGAGCGAGGUGGAGCCAGAGCCUUCUUCGAAAACGAUAAACGAGGCGGAGGAAGACUGUUUCAAUUAGACAAAAAAGGAGGCGGACGAGCAUUCACAGAUCUGAAACGAGGCGGUGCUCGUGCGUUUAUCCCAGUAGAAGAACGAGGUGGAGCCAGGGCAUUCUUUGAAGAUGAGAAACGAGGUGGAGCACGAGCUUUUGUGCCUUAUGACAAGCGCGGUGGUGGAAGAGCAUUCUCAGGGAUAGAAGAACGAGGUGGAGCUCGUGCUUUUUUCGAAGAUGAGAAGAGAGGUGGCGGUAGAGCCUUCUUCGAAAAUGACAAAAGAGGUGGCGGUAGAGCGUUUUUUGAAGAUGAAAAAAGAGGAGGAGCCAGAGCCUUUUCGACGUUAAAAAGAGCCGGUGGUCGUGCUUUUAUACCGAUUGAAGAACGUGGAGGAGCUCGUGCAUUCUUCGAUCAAGACAAGAGAGGAGGUGGACGUGCUUUCAACUUCUAUGACAAGCGUGGAGGUGCCAGAAUGUUCUUCAAUCCAAAACGGGAUUAUAUGGAGGAAUACCCACAAUGCCUAAGCAAAUACAGCUUAACGCUGGAUGAGCAGGAGAGCAAGGAUUCUAAUAGCGAGUUCGCAUACGUGGCCACCACUGAUCUCUUCAUAACGUUUCAUAGAACGUCAAUUUCUAGUGCUGUUACUUAUCUAAUCAUGUCUUGCAAUAAAUCGUUGUGA